AUGGCAACAGUACCAGUGAACGUCCCUCCGGAGAUCUACCCCGAGGUCCCCGCAUUCACUCUAUGGUCUGAGCUCGUGGAGCAGCAGCAGCGUGUUCCAGCAGGGUCACGCAAUAGUGGCUUCAACGUCAACGACCCUGUAUGGCCAGUCAACCAAGAUACCGUAACCGCGAGGGGAAGACUUCGGUCUGCAUACUACGGCACGGUGCCGAUCGACAUGGGCCAUGCGAUUGCGGGUUCACCAGAUGACGAGUUGUCACAGGAUCAUGCGAAAGUUCUUACCAAUAUUGCUCGAAACACGGUCCAAACAGAGCGGUACGGUCCGAAGUCAUUCAUUCAAAGGUUCCUCCGCGGAAAGUACAGUACCAUCGAGGUGAAGACACUUGCUACGAACUGGAGCUUGGAGGCGAUUGUGUGUCAGUUUGCAGUUCCAGGCGAAGACCAAGCAGCAAGAGAUAUCCGAAACGCAAACCGCGAGGUAUAUCUCCAGGGUGUCCAAGACCUCGAGCAGCUAUGGGAACGUGAGUACACUCAUGCUUUGGAGUCUGCUGAUUCGGCUGCUGCUGGUGCCCGCGGUCUGGACAAGAAGCGGCUGGAGCGCGCUCGCGAACUCUACCGGGUGAUGAAAGACGCGCCCCCGGUCUUUGACAUUGACCCACCCAAUGGUGACCCGUACUGGGAGUCAGCAGCCGAGUGCCAACAGGAGAAGCUGGUCCCGUUCAUGAACCGGGCCAAGAUUGAUCGUCUGAGGACGUACGAGGGGUACUUCACAAAAGACAUGGUCGCAUCUCAUUACAACACUAUCAUGAACAUCGUGGACAUUCGUUGGCUUGGUGAGAACUCCAACAUCCACGGCAUCCCCCAGUUCUGGUCGAUGAUCGUCAAUCAAUGGACACACACUUGCGAUCUUGUACUCAGACACGUAACGGACCCUCAGCUCGGCAUUCGUAGGGAAUUGUUGAUGAUAGAUCCAUCACUCCGCGCGGCCGCCUACCACCACUGGUCAGACCGAAGCCUUGAGUGCUUCCAGCACAUCCGCCGACUCUUCAACCGCCUCGGGUACAAUGUCGGCUACGGUGAAUGGAAAGAUAUCGGGAUUCUGAGCGUGGGUCACCGAGGCAGGAAGCGAGCGAGGACCGACGAGUGA